CACUCUACUUCCCACAGUCGGACUUGACGCUGAGACUCCCUUAUUCUGGGAGGAACGAUGAGAGAUUGACUGCGGGCAUUAGUAUUCUCGUCUUGAGAACAUUAAGGAAUGAUUCCGUGGUUUUCAAGGAGCCCAAGUACCAGAUUGUUUCGGAGAAUGAUAGGGUGGUGCAGCUUGAUGCACGGAGGAGAGAAAUUACCCUGCAAUCUCUCCCCAAAAAUGGUGGUGCUAAAACCAUCGUUAUUCAGGCGAAGGAACGUGGUGGUGGUGAUGCAACAAUGGAGAUUAAACUGCAACCUACUGAAAUUAAAGGAGAUAGGAUUAAUUGCUCAGAGUUCACCCAAGAUGUGUGUUUUUGGCACGUUGCGAAAUACAAGAUUUACGAAAAUCAACCCUCAACUAUGCUCGGUAAAAUUGGGCCAGCUGCUUACAGGACAUUAUGCCCGCAUCUCCGAGUCACCCGCUAUGAAUUGCUGAACGGAAGUGAUUAUUUUUAUAUCCUGGAUGAUGAGGUGCACGCUAAUGCCUCCCUAGACCGAGACACCGUGAAUUACCCCGGGGGUCCCGGGCCUCACGUAGACCUCGGGGUCAGAUGUUUCCUCUGGGAAGAGAGAACCGGUCGUCAAUAUAUUCAUGAGAUGAAUCUUGAUAUCGAUAUACUCGAUUUGGAUGACAAUCCUCCGAUCGCCCAAAUUGACACCAACGUUGAAAUUGAACUUUCGGAUUUCAAAGCGGGCACGCGACUGGAUAAUAACGAGUUGAUGGUGAAUGACGCUGAUGCAGCUUCAAGUAAUAUUUACAGUGUGAGAAUUUUGGGAGAUAUUUAUAAUGCACUGAAUAUUACAUUCAACACGAUGUCCAUUGAACAUCCGGCCCGGCCGACAACACCACCCUACACUGCAAUUUUUACGAAGAUAUUCGCCAGGACAACUCUGCUGCCUAAAUCUCCGUACAGAGUCAUCCUCCAAGUGACGGACGAGUCGCUGCUUCCUGGGAAAGGUGACAAGUCGGUGAAUUUCACACUAUCAUUCGUGGGGCCUCAGCACCACACAACAUCCACUACCACUCCUAUACUACUGGAUAAACCAAUUUCUUUUCCUGGAAAUACCACCGUCUCUCGGAGGGCCUCCACGUUCGCAAGGGUUGCCCAGCCAUUCGUGGAACCUCUUGCCACUCAAAUAUUUACCAUCGUCAAUUCCAAAAUCUUUAAUAUCACCACUAAGGGUGGAAUUAUUUAUGUAUCUGACGAGGCAAUGCUGAGAUCUGCCCCCGUCCGAAUUCCACUGAAAGUGCAGUGGAUAUCGCACAAUCGUAAGACGUUGACUCAAACUGUUUGGGUACUGGUGGUAGAUACAGCGAAAGCAGUAGUAGGCAGUUGUUUUGAUCAAACGGAAGAAAUCCACUCUUGUGCAAACGCAGCGACUCAAAAGGAAUGCGAAAAGCUGUGUGGCGUAGGUGUGGGGAUAUUUAUGAGUAAUGCUUCCACCCAGGGUUGUCUUUGGCGAGCCAAUAAUCGUUCACAUUCGAUCACCGAAAGGUAUGAAACCUGUUCUCCUGAUCGAAUUCAUUGUCCAGAUCAUUUUUGCGAUGAGCUCGAAUAUUUGGACCACCGGAUAUGUCCGCAAGAUUGUGCAAUUGAAGAGGAGAUAACCUUCGGUGUAAUGAAUAAAAACGGGAGAGGUAUAAAAGAAGCGGAGGGAGUUUGUAUUUGCACUGACGAGAUGAAAUGUACCUGCGGUCGGACGUAUCGCAAUGGAGGAGGAAAAAAAAGCAACAGCACCAUAAACGGGACUAAGAGUGCAGGCGGCAAAGAUGUUCGAGAUGGAGAGAAAGCGAAGAAAGAGUACGAAAAUGAGGUGGAAAUGGGGGUUUCAGAUGCUCAUAAAGUUGCCGCUGGUUCCAAGUGUGGGACAGAGUGUGUGAUCGGAGUUUUUCUAGCAAUCUCCAUCGCUGUUUUUUUCGUGAGUGGUAUAAUCGCUUGUUGGUGGAAAAAUAGGAAUUUGCGCAAGGGUGGCAGACGCGACUGCAAACACCGAUCAGAUGACAUCAAUAAUGGCCUCGGCAUCUUACCUCUUGAUUACUUGGAUCGAGGCGAUGGACAACUGAUUAAUAUAGAGACAUUCGCCAGCAUCAACCGCAGUCUUCUACUCCCAAAAACAUCGCCGGACCCGAAAUGGGAAUUCCCCAGAUCUCAGUUGACGAUAGAACAAGUUCUCGGUGAAGGUGAGUUUGGAAGGGUUCUUCGAGCAAAAGCAGUGGAUAUUGGCGAUUGGCCUGGUCACACAACAGUCGCUGUGAAAACCCUCAAGGAAGAUGCCAGUGGUUCUGAACUUGCUGACCUUCUCUCUGAAUACCAACUUCUCAAAGAAGCUCAACAUCCAAAUGUCAUUCGCCUACUGGGUGCUUGUACAUCAUCCGGUGGUCCGGUUUAUCUCAUCAUCGAAUUUGCGGAAUUCGGCUCCUUGAGAAAUUAUUUGCGGAGAAGCCGACAUCUGGAGUCUGAGGGUCGAGUGCCCUGCUCCACAUCGUUACUCUCCGCGUCUCCGGGUAACACUCGGGAUGAUGCACAUGACGCAUCCACGAAUUACACAAUAAGUCCCCACGAUAUUCUGUCAUUCGCCUGGCAGAUCAGCAAGGGUAUGGCUUACCUCGCUGACAUUAAGCUCGUACAUCGUGACUUAGCCGCACGAAACGUCCUUCUCGCUACCGGUAAAGUCUGCAAAAUCUCCGAUUUCGGGUUGACACGCGAUGUCUACGAGGAUGAUGCUUACUUGAAGCGAAGUAAAGGUCGAGUCCCAGUGAAGUGGAUGGCACCCGAAUCAUUGGCGGAUCACGUCUACACGAGCAAAUCGGACGUGUGGAGCUUUGGAGUACUUUUAUGGGAAUUAGUAACUCUUGGAGCGUCGCCUUAUCCUGGGGUUGACGUUCAUAAUCUGUAUAAUCUACUCAAAGCGGGAUACCGUAUGGAGAGACCAGCUAAUUGUUCACCCCAGCUAUAUAAAUUGAUGGUGUCGUGUUGGCACGACGAAGCGGGCAUGCGACCAUCGUUCAAAGAACUCACCUGUCAGUGGGAACGCAUGCUUGAAGAUGGUGUUGAGUAUCUUGACCUCAAUCCAAGAACUGUUCACAAUCAGGCGUAUUUUGCAUCACUCCACGCCUUGGACAGUCCAAAUUCAAACAAUGAUGGAGUAGUGAGUGGUAAUUUCAAUGUCUUCCGUACAGAGGCGGUUAACUACCUCAGCAAGACCUUAUCAGAGCCAAUCAAUAAGUGCGAUAAGAUCGAUAAACUUCAGGCACUCUGGCAAGAUCCGGUUUGCUCAUUUUCCAAUGGAUCGGUUAAAUCAACGUAUGUCAAUGACAGAACGGAUAAUUUGAAUGUCAAUCAUUCGAAUCAUUACGAGAGUCCUAUUAGGCUCAGAAAAGUUAGUCUUGUCAGUAACAGUGAGAAUGACCUGAGAACACCGACUAAUGAACGACCCCAGUCGUACAUCGAUAUGCAGGGGAGAAAGUCGGAUCAAGAGGAUCUUUUGCUUUUCAAUGGAAGCGAUUCAAAUGACGACAAGGAUGAGUCGAUGAGAGAACUCACCAAGUGAAAUGAGUGAUAAUCGAGGGCCAUCGAUACCAAAGACUUUAGUUGUUGUGUGUAUAUACGAGAAUGGGAUAGAGUGCCAUGCCAUGUGCGAACAAAACUGGUCAGCCUCCUGGGAAUUUGAUGAUAUUUCCGUCACAUAGUCAUCCGAGCUUUCAAUUAUGUAAGCUUGGAUCGAAUUUCAAUUAAAAAUUAUCUCUAAAUUUCUCAUUUAUCUUGAGAAUUCAAGAAAAUUUUU